AUCAUAUCUCACCAGCUGUACUUCGUGUUCCCCAACACCCUAUUGGCUCAUUCUAGACACCACCACAGGAUAACCUCUACUCAACUCAAUCGAAAACCGCCUUUCUAAACAACACUAAAUACUACUGCUCUCCCUUAUCGUACGCCUCUCUGCACUUUCCCUGCUAAACGUACACCCCACUCACACUCUCUUCUAAAAAGCGAUCAUCAUCACCACCUGCAAUCCUACCUUCUUAACAUCUAUACUGCUACUCUACAACUCUCUUUCUAGCUGCUGGCUUAUUUUAGCAGGCUUCAAAUAUUUGAAUCUUUACCUGAUUUGGUGGUUCAACUUAUUAUUAUUGAACAGAUCUGAGUUUAUGAUGGAUUAGGGUUUUCAUGCAAAUGGGUUCUGUGUGAGUGGAUAACUGUUGUCUUUUUGCUUUCAGUCUGGAUCUUUAAAUUUGCUGGUGCUACCGGACAACUUAAAAGAAGACAAAGGUGGAUAAAUAUUGAAAACGAUAUCGUUUUCAAACCGAUUAAGUUGAUAAAAACAGUUAAUCUUUUGAGUCCCUUUGAGUUGAGUUGUUUGGUUAUGGCGAACCGAUGGUGGGCGGGAAAUGUUGGUCUGAAUCCGAUGACGUCAUCCGGCCAGCUGCCGUCGCUUCACUUACGUCACCCGGCGGCGGAGGAAGAGAAGACGGUGUUGAAUACCACCGGAAACAGUUCAAACCCUAACCCUAACGAUCAACACGAUGAGAAUGAAGAGGAAUUUGGGGAGCAAGAGCAUAAUAAUGUUGGGGGAGGGUCGUUGGAAAUAUCCGAGCCUACGAGCUCGGGUGGAGGCCGGCGGCCGCGUGGACGGCCGCCGGGCUCAAAAAACAAACCGAAACCACCUAUUGUGAUUACUAAAGAAAGCCCCAACGCGCUCCGGAGCCACGUAUUGGAAAUCACAUCCGGAAAUGAUAUUUCCGAAUGUAUCGCGACGUUCGCUCAGCGACGCCACCGCGGGGUUUCCGUCCUGAGUGGGAGUGGCGUCGUGACGAACGUCACGCUUCGUCAGCCUGCGGCCCCUGGCGGGGUGCUGACCCUGCAGGGGAGGUUUGAGAUACUGUCGCUUUCAGGCGCGUUUCUGCCUCCCCCAUCUCCGCCUGGGGCCACUGGGCUGACGGUGUAUUUAGCUGGUGGUCAGGGUCAGGUGGUUGGGGGGAUGGUGGUAGGCCAGCUAAUGGCCUCUGGGCCGGUAAUGGUGAUUGCGGCGACAUUUACUAACGCGACUUACGAGCGCCUGCCGUUGGAAGAUGACGUCGAAGAAGGGGCUGACAUGCAAAUACAGCAAACUUCAGGGGUCAAUGCUGGAAAUAGUCCUCAAUCUGGAGGGGCUCCUCCUCAUGGUGAUAACAUAGCAUCUUCUUCAAUGGCGAUUUACAAUCAGCCCCCUAAACUAUUGCCAAAUGGUCAAAUGCAUCAGGAUAUGUUUUGGACUACUCCUCCACGCUCUUCACCGUCUAAUUUCUAGCUAUUGUCAAACCAAGUUCCUCUCCUUUGUAGAAGAAUAGGGUAGAAACUAGAAAGGUAGAAUUUUCUUUUUCUUGGAUGAUAUUUUGAUUAGGGUCGUUAACCUUGUUUUGUUGUAAUAUCAAUGUGACUUAUCUAUUUAGUUUGGUGGUAGUUUGAUGGUUUUGAAGCUAGUUUUUCUUCUU